AUGAGUUCUAAAGUUAAUUCAAGAUCAAAGACAAACACAUCUUCAUUGUCAAAGAAUAAAAGAUAUGCAUUCAUAUUAGCUUUAAUAGGUGGAAUAUUCGCAUCGCUAAGUGGUGUAUUUGGUAAGAUUGUUGUUGAUAGUAAGUUUCUAUCAACUUUUAUUUCACAAGAUAAAAUUGACUAUGCACUUAGAGCAAUAAGUAUUGGUGGUAUCUCAUUGUGUACUACAAUGCAGUGGCGUUACUCUGCAAAGAGUAUGGAUUUAUCAUCAUCUCUAUCAUCAACAGUGAUUACAACAGCUUCAAACUUUUUCUUUACUGCUUUCUUUGGAUGGUUGUUCUUCCAUGAUAGUCUUUCAGCUCAAUGGUGGGUAGGCGCAACUUUAAUCAUGAUAGGAUUAUACUUUAUGAAUGCCGACGCAAACGAAAACGAAGUAAUCCAAAAGAAAAAUAAAUAA